AAUUAUUUAUUUGGAAUUAUUGUACUCGCAAUUGCUAAAAUUGUAUAAUUUUUUUAAUUUCAGUUAAAGGUUCAUGUGGUGAUACAGCUGCCCAAAAUUGCAGCUACUUCGAAAGUCCAAAUUACCCGGAUUAUUAUCCCUCUGGGGGAGGAGUAAUUGUCCCCACUACCUUAGCACCUCCUACUACUGCAAAUCCCUCGCCAACUCCAGAUCCAAGAUUGUCAUGGAUGUUUUACAACAACAAUAAUAAUAAUGAUAAUGUUUAUGAUAAUGAUUAUAAUACGUAUGAUGUGGACUUGGCCAGGCAGAGUACUGAUGGGGCUCUGUCUUGUAUUUUUAGCGUCUAUAAAGUUAGCGGCUAUGUCACAAAGAUGAAGAUAGAUUUUUUGGAUUUUGAGUUGGCAGGACCUACAAACGGAACAUGUCUAGUAGAAAGGCUGGUCAUAACGGGACAAAGCGCAAAUAGUAUAGUACCUGCUAUUUGUGGUUAUAACACAGGACAAUCUAUUUAUGUCGACGUUUCUCAAUCUUCAGGCCCCAUCAACCUGAUGGUUCUAUCUACAAUGACAUACAAAAAGCGAUUUAGAAUAAGAAUUUGUCAAUAUUCAGACAUUUGUGUUCCAGAUAAUUGCUUACAGAUAUAUGAAGGAGUUACAGGAACGAUAUCGUCGUUUAAUUACGACCAAGCAUCUAUGCUAAACAGGAGCGUACCGGGUUAUUUUAAUAAUUUGAAUUAUGCAAUAUGCAUUCGAAGAACACCUGGAUAUUGUUCAAUUACCUAUACAAAUGUUCUAAAUGGCGUGGAAUACCCUUUCAAUUUGGUAAACUUCAUAAACGGUAUGUCUACUGUACCUUCAAAUAUGGCGGGAUCGGAUAUAAUAGAUUGUCCCAACGACUAUAUAGUUAUUGACAGUACCAGACUUUGUGGUUACAAGUUUAACGAUGGGUCAGUUACAUCAAAUUUGAGUCUGAAUGCUGCAGUUACAGAUAGAAAUUUAGGUCCAAUAGUCAUUCCAGUAAGGACAAAUGCAGCAGCUGUAGGAUACGGAUUUAAGUUAUUUUAUACACAGAACCGAUGCAAUACAAGUUGAUCUCACCUGGAUUAUAUUCUUAG